AGUAAUUUUUUUGUUUAUAUAAUUUUUUUGAUUAUUACUGAAUAUGUUUACUUGCAUUAAAAAGUAUCCAAUGUAAUUUUUGCAUAUUUUAGUAUGCGCAUUCGAUCUAAAACAAUUGUUUUACGUAUAAACUAUCUCGGUGACUAAGUUAGUAGAGCGCUAUAUUAACACAUGUGUUUUCUAUGAUUCUUUAGAACAUACUCUCGUUAUGUUCUACACACAGUAGUUUUCUCUGAUUGACUAUACAAAUAAAGUUAUUUAUACCCUGUUAUAUAGAAAACUGUUUUAUUGUCUAAAUUUGGUUAAAUUUAUUGACUUAUCGAAUCAUUCAAUAUUUUGUAGUUUCUGUCUUGUUCACUAGCAUUGAUUAUAAACAUGUUAGCUAGAUUUGCGGUACAUCAAGGCAAACAAAUAUCUAAAGCAAGAUUACUUCUCCAGCCUCGAGUUUUAUCCACUGUGACUGGAAGUGAAAGACCAAUCCGAUCAGAAUAUCCUUCACCUGUUCGUCAUGGGUUUAUACCUGAAGAGUGGUUUACUUUUUUUUACUCUAAAACAGGAGUAACAGGUCCUUAUAUGUUUGCAGCUGGUCUUUCUACUUACCUAAUUUCAAAAGAAAUUUACGUAUUGGAACAUGAAUUUUACAGUGGUCUCUCACUAGCUUUAGCAUUGAUUGUAGCAAUUAAAAAAUUUGGGCCUAGCGUAGCUAAAUAUAUUGACAAAAACAUUGAUGAAUACGAACAAAGUUGGGAGUCAUCCAGAACAGAUCAAAUUAAAGAACUACAAAAUCUUAUAGAGCAUGAAAAAAAAGAGCAAUGGCGAACAGACAGCCAAAAAAUGAUAGCUGAUAUCAAAAGAGACAAUAUAAACAUGCAGU